AUGAGGGCCAUUGAAUGGAUCCCUUGUGGGUGCUUCUGUUCCACCGCAAAGUCUCUGUCUUUGCCACGAACAGUUGUGACUGCUUCACUAGCAUCUGAGGCAUUAUCCAUUAUUGAGGAGAAGAAGAAUGAGCUUAACCUUGCACUUCUUAAGUCUCAGGAAGUUAUGGUAAAUAACAGUAGAGAAUUUCAGCCAUUCAUGAACACAGGAGGGCAUACUCUUCAAAGUGUAAAAAUUGAAGAACAAAAACAUAAAAUAGGGGGAAAACAAAGUGAAUCGUUAGCGCUGGGAAGGAAAAGGCUUAACCGGACUUAUGAUUCGCAUAUGAAGUUCUUCGGAGGUGUUGAAUUGGCAGGAGGAACCAGUGAAGCUCCUCCAAAGCAAAGACACCAACUUAGAAAUGUGCCAGGACUUGCAAUACAGAACGUUGAAACCCACUUACAGAGUUUGUUUCUGUUAACCAUGACCACCAAGUCAUACGACAGCAACCUUACUGCUGGGCAGAAUAUAUUUGAAAAUUGGCUCUUCAAACUCAUUUCUAACCAGAAAUCCGUUAUCACUGACUCACUUUCUGAUUACGAGUUUCUCAGUUCCAAGUGGAGUCCUUUCCCUUUGUUGAUUGUGUUCCGGAACUGA